AUGCUAGGUCUUUCGCUCGCCCUAGCUGCCUGCGUGGCAGUCACGCAGGCUCUACCAGGCUACCCGGUGGUGCGCGACACCUCGGGCACCUGUUCUGGUGUGCAUGCGCGUGUGUCUCCUCCCGCCGGAGCAGUGGUCGUGGAUAACAGCGCGAAGCCUCAUCCAGGGUCUCAUGCAACUGUGCAGGCCGGUGUCAAUGCGCUCAACACCACCACGACCAACCCCCAGCAGCUUUUCAUCUUCCCAGGCACCUACACCGAGCAGGUGUACAUCCCCCGCCUGAAGUCGAACCUGACGGUGCAGGGGUACACCUGCAACGCCAAAAGCUACGAGCACAACAAGGCGACCAUCACGUACAACCUGGCGCUGAUCAACACCACCAGCGACGACCUGACGGCCACUCUGCGCCAGUGGAACCCCAACACCAAGAUCUACAACCUCAACGUCGUCAACACGUUCGGCCACAUCCCCAAGAACGGGCAGAACCUGGCGGUCUCUGCCGAGGCUGACGGCCAGGCGUACUAUGGCUGUCAGCUCAUCGGAUACCAGGACACCCUGCUGGCCGAGACGGGCCGCCAGCUGUACGCCAAAAGCCUCAUCGUCGGCGCGGUGGACUUUAUCUUCGGGCAGACGGCGCUGGCCUGGCUCGAGAGCAUCGACAUCCGCACUAUCGCCAAUGGCUACAUCACCGCGUCCGGCCGCGACAGCGACUCCAAUCCUUCCUGGUACGUGAUCAGCCGGUCCAACGUCUCGGCCAUCAACGACACCAUUCCCGCGGGCAUCAGCUACCUCGGGCGUCCGUGGCGGGACCAUGCUCGUGUUGUCUUCCAGGAAACUUAUCUGGGGAACAACAUCGCUGCUGCUGGCUGGUCCAAGUGGUCCACGAGCACUCCAAACACGGACCAUGUCACCUUUGCCGAGUAUGAGAACUAUGGACCAGGCGCUGUGUCGCAGGAGGGGCCGCGCGCCAACUUCAGCCAGCAGUUGACUGCGCCGAUCGCUAUCCGGUCUAUCCUGGGAGAUCAUUUUGAGGAUGAGUGGUGGGUUGAUGCCGACUAUCUGCAUCCUAGCGACCUCAAGGAGAAGUCUAAGGCCACGUCGACUUCUUCCUCGGCUGCUACUACAAUCCCCUCCGCCGUCGCCUCCUGCACAAACAUCAUUCUCUCCAACAUCGCCGUCCCCAACGGCUCCGCCCUCGACCUCUCCGCCCUUCUCCCCGGCACAACCGUCACCUUCGACGGCACCACCACCUUCGGCUUCACCAACUCCUCCUCCUUCAACCCCGUCACAAUCUCCGGCUCCAACAUCACCAUCACCGCCACCCCCGGCGCCAUCAUCGACGGCAACGGCCCCGCCUACUGGGACGGCCUGGGCUCCAACGGCGGCGUCCCAAAACCCGACCACUUCAUCGUCGUCAAGAAAGUCACCAGCCACUCAACCAUCCGCGGCCUAACCAUCCGCAACUGGCCCACCCACCUCUUCUCCAUCUCCUCCUGCUCGGACCUGCUCUUCGAAGAUCUGGUAUUGAACAACACCGCCGGCGACGCGCCAAACGCACGCAGCGGCACACUCCCCGCAGCACACAACACAGACGGAUUCGACGUCAGCUCAUCGAGCAAUAUCGUAAUCCGCCGAAGCACCGUCUACAACCAGGACGACUGCGUCGCCAUCACCAGCGGGAACAACAUGACCAUAUCGGAGAUGGCGUGCCACGGCGGCCACGGGCUGAGUAUCGGGUCUGUGGGGGGGAAGAGCAAUAACAACGUGACGAAUAUCUUGUUCACCAACUCGGCAAUCUACGAUUCGCAAAACGGCUGCCGCAUCAAGUCCAACUACAACACCACCGGAUACAUCGCCAACGUCACCUAUGCGAAUAUCCGCAUCCAGAACGCCUCUAUCUACGGCAUCGACGUCCAGCAGGAUUAUCUCAACGGCGGUCCGACGGGGAACCCGUCCAACGGGGUGCGGAUUGAGAAUGUGAGCUUCCGGGAUGUCUCCGGUACGGCUGCCUCGUCUGCUCGUGACUAUUAUAUUCUCUGUGGAGACGGGUCGUGUGCGAAUUUUACCUUUGAGAACGUGGAUAUCACUGGCGGCGGUGUGAACAGCAGCUGCAAUUAUCCCGCCAGUGGAUGUCCAUAG